AUGCUGAUCGGUCUUGCGUAUCUCAACACACCAUUAUACACAAGAGAUGGCAAAGUCUUGGGAGACGACUAUAGGAUAGGCGGGAUCGGGGAUCCGAAGAAGCAUGGCAAGCCAGCGCCGAUCGAGGAAGAUCUCAUCAUUGACAGCGAUAUGCCGCCAUGGCUCAAGUUUAAGCACCUCAACGGCUACUUCAACGGUCUUAAAUCGAUUGUCCCCUUCGCCAACCACACUCCUGAAUAUCCCAACAACUCUUUCCCGGCACCGGUCACAGCCGUGCCUAUUUACCAUGAUACCCCUCCUACUCCCACACCUUACGCAGCUCACCCAGAUUAUGCCUCUACUGAAUACACGAGAGAACACCACCCUGUCCGCGAAUGCUUCAUCGACGAAGACGACAAGAUCGCCGUCCCGGACAUUUACGCUUUCGACGGCGUCCCCCAGAACCAGCCUGAUCCGGCUAUCGGCUCUCACACCGUGCUCGGUCUUCGCAAUGACGUUUGCUUCGAUCGUUUCGGGCGCUAUGGCCCCUACGGCCUCGGGUACAGCAUUAGCGAGGGUGGUACGUCUCAAGGUUACGAUACUGAACAGGAGGGCGCCGAGGCUGUCUGGGCCAAGACUGGCAAGAUUGACUACAGCCGCGUCGACUGGGGCGUCGCUCAAGAACGAUGUGUUGAACGCAACAGCGCCCGCUUCAGCAAUGGCACGAAGGAGAGCACAUACGAUGCGAUCUACAGCGAGCCGGAAAGCCCCGAAAGCGGCCUUAAGAAGACGGACCGCAUCGCCGUUGUCGUUCGCACAUACGUCGGAUUCCAAUGGACUCAGCUCGCUAUCGUCAACUUUCGAGCAAUGAUUUCUGAGCUCUCGCUCAAGUCCGGUGGUGAAUACACCGUUCAUUUCCUCCUUCACGUGAAGGACAACGAAGCGCCCAUAUGGUCGGAUCCGUCCGUUGUCCAGGGUAUACUCGAUGCCAACGUUCCCACUGAGUUCCACUCUAUGUGUACUCUUUGGUCUGAGGCGGAGAUGAAGCUUUACUAUCCCGGUCACUUUGCCGACGCAAUCGAGAACCCGUCGAACGGUGAUAUCCACGGUGUUUAUCGAAGCGCGCAGAUGCCACUCCAGGUCUUUGCUCUCCAGCACCCCGAGUAUGCCCAUUUCUGGAACUGGGAGAUGGACAUGCGCUACAUUGGUUCUUACUAUGAACUUCUGGAUCGCCUUGGGUCUUGGGCCAAGGCGCAGACUCGCACCCUUCUCUGGGAGCGGUCUUCCAAAUAUUACAUUCCCGCCGAGCACGGAUCCUGGGAUGAGUUCGCCAACAUUGUCGAGAAGGAGCUUAACGCAUCCAGCCGCCGCGCUAUUCUUGGCCCUCAAAUUUUCCCGGGCCGCAUGUCGCUGAAGAGCGAAGAAGCUGGCGCCUCAAUUCUACCUCCUUCAUGUGCCCGUGGCGGUAACCCUAAUGAAUGUGGUGUAGGCGAGGAAGCCGACCUCAUCACCCUUAACCCCCUUUUCGACGCAGAUGAGUCCGGCUGGGUCUUCGCCAAGGACGUCACCGGCUACGAGAUGGUCUUUGCCCCGCCCCCACGUCGAUGUGCCAUUGUCACCGCCUCGCGACUCUCCCGCCGCCUCCUCGCCGCCAUGCACGAAGAGAUGUGGCGGAUGCACCACAGCAUGUUCUCUGAGAUGUUCCCCGCUAGCAUGGCACUGCAUCACGGCUUCAAGGCGGCCUACGCUCCGCAUCCCGUCUUCCUCGACCGGGCGUGGUACCCCUUCAACACCAUUGAGAAGGCGUUCAACGGCGGCCGCGACGGCACUACGGGAGGUCACGGCAGCCCCUUCGACCUCAAGAACGAGCACAACCACAAGGGCACGAGCUGGUAUUACAACUCUGAGUUCGCCGGUCUCCUGUGGCGCCGGUGGCUCGGUUACGCUCAAAUGGAUGGCCGCGGCAACAACGGCGGCCGCGCCGGCGAGGGCUCUCUCCGCGGAGGACUUGAAGAGGAAUCUCACAAGGACAGCUCGGGCCGUUUGUGCAUGCGCAGCAUGCUGCUGCAUCCAAUCAAGUGGGAGAACCCGAUCGAGAGACCUUAA